CGUCACGAAAUCAUGCCUCCAACAGUACCCGCCCACAUCUUCAAUGCGCUCAAACGCUUCACCUCUUGCGAUGUAUGUCUGAAGCUCCACUUUCUCAUUCACCAUCACUCCACCAUAAAGCUAUACUCACACACCACAGNNGUCGGCGACGCCCUUGUAAAAUUAAACGUCACUUACGGCGGCUACCUCCACGGUCUAAAAAUGUUCUCACCAUACCAACAAGCCGGCACCACAAAACUCUUCGGACCGGCCUAUACAGUGCAAAUGGUUGAUGCCAACGACACCACCUCUCCCAAACCUUCCCAACACUUUGUAGAUGGGAUUAAAGAUGGAGAGGUCGUGUUUAUCUCCCAGCCCAAAGGGUUUUACUCGGCUUGUUGGGGUGGGUUGAUGUCCACGAGAGCUAAGUAUUUGGGCGCGCAGGGUGUGGUUGUGGAUGGCAAUUUUAGAGAUCUGAAUGAGCAUCGUGAGAUGGGGUUUCCAGUCANNGUUUUCGCCAAAGCCACUUCAGCACUGGGAUCCAAUACUUUCACCAGAGCUUCUGGGCUCAAUGUUCCUGUGCAGUUUACCUCAGAGACGCAACAAAGACCAUUAACUAUACAUCCUGGCGACUUGAUACUUGCGGAUCUGGAUGGAGUGGUUGUUGUUCCUGUCGAACAUGCGGAAAAGUGUUUGGAGAUUUGUGAGAAGAGGUUUGAGAUUGAUGAGAAGACUAUGGCUGCGUUGAAAGAGGGAGAACCUAUGGGUGCCACGCUUGCUCGAUUGAGAAAGUAG